AUGGCAAGAACCCAUUUAAUCUUUCUUAUACUAGUGCUCUCAUCAACAUCAACAUCAACACCAUUAACAUCAACAUCAUCAUCAAGAGAGCAAGAGGAGGACAGAAUCAAAGCACUUCCAGGCCAACCAAAAGUAGGAUUCUCACAGUUUUCGGGUUAUGUGACAGUGAACGAGUCACACGGUCGAUCACUCUUCUACUGGCUCACUGAAUCAUCUUCUCCUACUCCUCACACCAAACCACUUCUUCUUUGGCUUAAUGGAGGACCGGGCUGCUCGUCGAUUGCUUACGGAGCGUCGGAGGAAAUCGGACCGUUUCGUAUCAAUAAAUCCGGUUCUAGUCUCUAUCUCAACAGUUUUUCUUGGAACACAGCUCAAGAAAACUUGAUAUUUCUUAUUGAAUGGAUGUCAAGAUUUCCACAGUACCAAUACAGAGAUUUCUACAUUGCUGGUGAAAGCUACGCCGGGCAUUAUGCUCCUCAGCUUGCCAAAAAGAUUCAUGACUACAACGAAGCCUUGAACAACAAACCCAUCAUCAAUCUCAAAGGAUUUAUGGUUGGAAAUCCAGAGACGGACAAAAGCAACGACAAACUAGGGACCAUAACGUAUUGGUGGUCUCACGCGAUGAUCUCAGACACUUCCUACAAUUUGAUCCUCAAAAACUGUAAUUUCACAGCAGAGAGAUUCUCUGAAGGGUGUGAAUCCGCCAUUUACAAUGCUGCGGCUGACUUUGGCGACAUUGAUCAGUACAGCAUCUACACACCCAAGUGCGUACGCACGAAGGAAAUGCACAAAACGGUCAUAUCUAGACAGGUUUUAGCAGAGUACGACCCUUGUACUGAGAGCUAUGCCGAGAUUUAUUAUAACCGUCCCGAGGUACAACGAGCCAUGCAUGCGAACCGCACCGCUAUUCCUUAUAAAUGGACUGCUUGCAGUGACUAUGUGUUUAACAAUUGGAACUGGAGAGUCUCUGACAAUUCGAUGUUGCCGUUAUACAAAGAACUCAUGGAGGCUGGUCUGAGGAUAUGGGUCUUUAGCGGUGAUACAGACUCAAUUAUACCAGUGACAGCGACUCGGUUUUCCCUCAGCAAACUCAAUCUUCCGGUGAAGACUCGCUGGUACCCUUGGUACUCCGGCAACCAGGUAGGAGGAAGAACAGAAGUAUAUGAGGGGCUUACCUUUGUCACGGUAAGAGGAGCGGGCCACGAGGUGCCUUUGUUCCGACCGCAGAGUGCCCUAAUUAUAUUAAGAUCUUUCUUGGCUGGCAAGGAGCUUCCAAGAUCUUAUUAG